GUCAAGUCCACAAGGGAUACUGAGGUGUGUGCCUGAGGCACACUCCUUCACUCAGCCAGGCAGCCAGCCGCGGCAGAGAACAGGGACGGAGGGAGGGCAGAAGAAGCAAGCACCUAGCUACUCGACGACACACAGCCACACAAGGCCAGCAAUGGAGAAACCCACACACUCCAUUGACUAACUGAUCAGCUCGUAUGAGCGAGAAAGUCCGCGAGUUGCGUCUUGGACGGCAAGAUGACGUCCGAGAAUUUGCCCGCCGAGCAGACAGAGUACAGUUCCUUGCCCCUUGGGUCAGGCUGGCCGUUCUUGGCGUGAUUGCCUAUAUCGAACACCACCCAUGUGCCCUCCCCAUAGUACCUCUCCCGGCAGUAGGGCCCCAGGCUGCGCGCCCCGCUGUGCACGUCCAGCCUCUUCCAGCAGUUGGUCGGGUCGCAGCAGCCCGGCCCCCACACCCUGUAGCGAGAGUCCUUGGCGCCGUCCAUUCCGUAAUAGUCCUUCUUGAUUUGCCGCCACAUGGGGCUGUUGAGUGGCCCGUUGUACACCCGGGCCGUCUUGAGCUCUUGCGGCCGAUAGAGCAGGCCGAAUGGCCGCCCCCUGCCGUAGUCGAAUGAGGCCAGGGGCAGGUUACACGGCGGCUGCUGUGUAUGCAGGAAACAGAGCUUCUCCAUGUCCCUUAUAACAGUCUGGCAGCAGUAUCGACCUCCAGGUCGGCGAUUGCAGCCCGGUCCGCCGCACGUGCCGCAGCUCUUGGGGCAGCAGGUGUUCCAGGACGGCGCCAGCACGCCGCCGAUCUUGGCGCACAACUCACGACAUUGCUUUUGGCGAGCGCUGUUGCGGCGGCAGUCGGCAGGCACGCGGUUGCCGGAGCUUGCCUUGAUGGUCACUCCGGGGAAUCCCGGCUGCCCUAUACCAAUAAAGCUCUGGUUGUUGUGGUGCUGGCCGUGGUGGUGCUUGUGGCCAUGCUGGUGGGCUGUCAUGUUGGUGGGGUCGUUGGCAGAGGUGGGCGACGCGUCUUCCAGGAAGGCAGGAGGACGCUCGUCGUCUUCAAAUUCGUCUUGGUCUUCGUGUUGUGGGAGGUAUAGCGCCGCGCCAUUGAGGCCCUCUGCGUCCGGCAACAUGUGCUGCUCAGCCUCUCCCAUCUAAAGGAAGCUCGACUCGCCCCCGCUGAUGACUUUGUGCACCAUGGUGCCGAUCCUGCCGACGUCAUAAGCACCCUUACAGCCCU